CACAAGCAGAGGAUUUGUUUAUGGGAAUCUCAAACACAACAUCAGCGAAUUCACACUGGGGAGAGGACGUUCACCUGCUCUGAGUGUGGGAAGGGAGUCACUCGGUCAUUCCAGUUGCUGAUGCACCAACAGAUUCACAGAGAAGAGGCCGUGUAUCUGCACUGAGUGUGGGAAGGGCUUCCUUCAGUCAACCCACCUGCUGACACACUGACGUGUUCAUACUGGGGAGCGGCCGUUCUCCUGCUCAACGUGUGGUAAGGGAUUGGCUCAGUUAUUCAGCCUGAUGACGCACCAGCGAGUUCAUGCCCGGGAAAAGCCAUUCUCCUGCUCGGACUGUGGGAAGGGCUUUGCUCACUCAUCUCACUUGCAGGCACACCAGCGAGUUCACACUGGGGAGAGGCCGUUCUCCUGUUCAACAUGUGGGAAAGGAUUCACUCAGUUAUCCAACCUGAUAACACAUCAGCGGAUUCACACUGGGGAGAGGCCAUUCUCCUGCUCAACAUGUGGGAAGGGAUUUACUCAGUUAUCCAGCCUGAUGACGCACCAGCGAGUUCACACUGGGGAGAGGCCGUACACCUGCUCCGAGUGUGGGAAGGGAUUCACUCAGUCAUCCAUUUUGCUGACGCACCAGAGACUUCACACUGGGGAGAGGCCGUUCUCCUGCUCAACGUGUGGGAAAGGAUUCACUCGGUUAUCCAUCCUGAUGAUACACCAGCGAGUUCACACCGGGGAGAAGCCGUACACCUGCUCCGAGUGCGGGAAGGGAUUCACUCGUUCGUCUUAUUUGCUGAAGCAUCAGCGAGUUCACACCGGGGAGAGGCCGUUCACCUGCUCCGAGUGCGGGAAGGAUUUCACUCGGUUGUCCUGUUUGCUGAAACACCAGAGAGUUCAUUCCGGGGAGAGACCGUUCAACUGCCUUGAGUGUGGGAAGGGAUUCACUCGGUCGUCUGAGCUGCUGAUACACCAGCGGGUUCACACCGGGGAGAAGCCGUACACCUGCUCUGAGUGCGGGAAGGGAUUCACUCAGUCAUCUGAGCUGCUGAUACACGAGCGGGUUCACACAGGGGAGAGGCCGUACACCUGCUCUGAGUGCGGGAAGGGAUUCACUCAGUCAUCUGAGCUGCUGAUACACGAGCGGGUUCACACAGGGGAGAGGCCGUACACCUGCUCUGAGUGUGGGAAGGGAUUCACUCGUUCGUCCUAUUUGCUGAAGCACCAGAGAGUUCACACCGGGGAGAGGCCGUUCAUCUGCUCGACAUGUGGGAAGCGAUUCACUCAGUCGUCUGAGCUGCUGAUACACCAGCGAGUUCACACCGGGGAGAAGCCAUUCUCCUGCUCAACGUGUGGGAAAGGAUUCACUCUGUCAUCCAACCUGAUGAGACACCAGCGAGUUCACACUGCGGAGAGGCCGUUCAACUGCCCUGAGUGUGGGAAGGGAUUCACUCGGUCGUCCCAUUUGCUGAUACACCAGGAAGUUCACACCGGGGAGAGGCCGUUCAUCUGCUUGACGUGCGGGAAAGGAUUCCGUCAGUCAUCCUACUUGAUGAAACACCAGCGAGUUCACACCGGGGAGAGGCCAUAUACCUGCUCUAAGUGCAGGAAGGGAUUUCCUUGGUCAUCUGACCUGCUGAAACACCAGCGAAUUCACACUGCGGAGAAAGAUUAAACAUGCUGUAUGCUCAAUAUACAACCAUCACUGCUACUGAAAUCUAGCGCAAAUUCACAAGUGUUGCAGGUGUUCACGGGGGUCGGAUUCUGUCGACGCUGCUGAUCUCGCCCAGGAUUGAGCCCUGGUCAUUGGGCACAGUUGAUUUUCUUUUGUAAUCUCUUUCACUGAGUUAGAGUUCAAUGUUUUUGAUCUCAGAUUAAAAUAAAG